GCAAGCAAGAGCGGCUGGCCGGAGGGAGCCUGGCAUCGCGCGCGCGUUGGCCCAGAGAGUCGCCCGGCUGCAAAGCCUGGGGCCCGUGGCGCGCGCCUGACCCGGGAGAAGCUCGCCGGGCUGCUGCGGGGGGCGGCGCGUCCGAUUGCGCAUUCUCCCUCCUGGCGGCGGCGCCCCGCUUUGCAGCCGCGGCCCCGACUCGAACAUGGCGACGGGGCGAAGCUGGCUGCCGCUGCUGCUGCUGUGGCCACUGCUGCUGCUGGCCGCCCGGCCGGCCGACUCGCGGGGGAGCCUGAGGAUCCGCGCCGCCCGGCCUCAGGAUCGCGGCUGGGCGCUGCUGCAAGCGCGGGGCCCCGAGGACGCGCCGCCGGCCGAGAAGGCGCGCAGCAGGAGGAGCGCCCCGCAGCCGGAGCCCAUGAAGGUGUACGGACAGGUUAGCUUGAAUGAUUCGCACAACCAAAUGGUGGUUCACUGGGCCGGAGAGAAGAGUAACGUGAUCGUCGCUCUGGCAAGAGACAGCUUAGCCUUUGUGGGACCGAAGCUAAGUGAUGUUUAUGUGUCCUACGAUUACGGGAAAACAUUUAAGAAGAUAUCGGAUAGAUUUAAUUUUGGUCCGGGGAACACCAGCCAAGUGGAGAUCACUCAAUUCUACCACAGCCCAGCUGACAACAGAAGGUAUAUCUUCAUCAAUGCUUCCACCCAGUACUUGUGGCUCACCAUGGACUUCUGCAACACUAUUCAGGGCUUUUCAGUCCCAUUUCGAGCGGCUGACCUGCUGCUGCAUAGCCGGGAUCCGAACCUGGUUUUGGGCUUUGAUAAGUCCCAUCCCAACAAACAGCUCUGGAAAUCAGAUGAUUUUGGACAGACAUGGAUAAUGAUACAUGAACAUGUGAAAUCAUUUUCUUGGGGUGUGGAGCCCUACGAUGAGCCAAACACAGUGUACAUCGAGCGGCACGAACCGACAGGCUCCUCCACCAUCCUUCGCAGCUCUGAUUUCUUCCAAACCCGGGAAAACAAGGAGAUAAUUCUGGAGGAGGUUGAAGACUUCCAACUCAGGGACAAAUAUCUUUUUGCUACAAAGUCCGUGCAUCUUUUAGGCACUCAACCGCAGCCUUCCGUGCAGCUCUGGGUGUCCUUUAACCGCAAGCCGAUGCAAGCCGCCCAGUUUGUGACCAGGCAUCCCAUUAAGGAGUACUACAUCGCUGAUGCCUCGGAAGACCAGGUGUUCGUUUGCGUCAGUCACAGCAACAACCGCACCAACCUCUACAUCUCUGAAGCAGACGGCUUGAGGUUUUCGCUGACUUUGGAGAACAUCCUAUACUAUAGUCCUGGGGGAGUGGGAAGCGAUACCCUGGUCAGGUAUUUUGCAAAUGAGCCCUUUGCGGACUUCCACCGGGUCGAGGGAGUGCCGGGGAUCUAUAUUGCCACCUUGAUCAACGGCUCAUUCAAUGAGGAGAACAUGCGGUCUGUCAUUACCUUUGACAAAGGAGGGACUUGGGAAUUUCUGCAGCCUCCAGAGUAUACCCGCUAUGGAGAAAAGAUAAAUUGCGAGCUUUCUCGAGGCUGCUCUCUCCAUCUGGCCCAACGCCUGAGCCAGAUCCUCAACUUCCAGCUGCGUCGGAUGCCCAUCCUCUCGAAAGAAUCCGCUCCAGGGCUCAUCAUCGCCACAGGUUCUGUUGGCAGGAACAUGGCAAGCAAAAUGAAUGUGUACAUUUCGAGCAGCGCGGGCGUUCGAUGGCGAGAGGUCCUGACCGGGCCUCAUUAUUACACCUGGGGAGAUCACGGAGGGAUCCUCAUGGCAGUAACCCAGGGCACAGAGACCGAUCAGCUCAAGUAUAGCACAAAUGAAGGGGAGACCUGGAAAACAUUUACCUUCUCAGAGAAGCCGGUCUUUGUUUACGGCCUGCUGACGGAGCCUGGAGAGAAAAGUACCAUCUUCACCAUCUUUGGCUCUUACAAAGAGAACGGGCACAGCUGGAUCAUCUUGCAGAUCAACACCACCGAUGUGCUUGGUGUCCCAUGCACCGAAAAUGAUUACAAAUCGUGGUCCCCCUCGGACGAACGGGGCAACGAGUGUCUCCUGGGGCGUAAAACGGUCUUCAAAAGGCGAACCUCCCACGCGACGUGCUUCAACGGGGAAGAUUUCGAUAGGCCAGUCGUGGUCUCCAACUGCUCUUGCACCAGAGAGGACUUUGAGUGUGACUUUGGCUUCAAGUUAAGUGAUGAUUUGUCAUCAGAGGUUUGUGUGCCGGAUCCUGAAUUUGCUGGCAAGCUUUCAUCUCCCCCAGCUCCAUGUCCCAUUGGCUCAUCUUACAGGAAGACAAGAGGUUAUCGCAAGAUAUCCGGAGACGUCUGCUGGGGGGGAGAUGUGGAGGCCCGUCUGGAAGGGGAACUGGUGCCUUGUCCAUUAGCAGAGGAGAACGAAUUCAUUCUCUAUGCCACGCGAUAUUCCAUCCACCGGUAUGACCUUUCUUCUGGGAUUAGUGAAAAGUUGCCUCUGAACGGGUUGCGAGGGGCGGUGGCUCUCGAUUUCGAUUACGACCACAACUGUUUGUACUGGGCAGACGUCACCCUCGACAUUAUCCAGCGCCUGUGCCUCAACGGCAGUUCCGGACAGGAAAUUAUCAUCAGCACUGGUCUGGAGACAGUCGAAGCCCUGGCCUUUGAGCCUAUCAGUCAGCUGCUGUACUGGGUGAAUGCUGGUAUCCCAAAGAUCGAGGUUGCCAACCCAGACGGAGACUUACGACUGACAAUUUUGAAUGCCUCUGUGCUGGAGCGGCCCCGAGCCUUGACUCUGGUCCCUAAAGAAGGGUUGAUGUUUUGGACUGACUGGGGGGAUUCCCGGCCCGGCAUCUAUCGAAGUGAGAUGGAUGGCUCUUCAGCCACCUGCAUUGUUUCUGAGGGGGUGAGGUGGCCGAAUGGCAUUUCUGUAGAUGACCGCUGGAUCUACUGGACUGAGGCUUACAUGGACAGGAUUGAGCGGAUCGAUUUCAGCGGCAUGCAGAGAUCAGUGAUCUUGGAUAGCCUCCCUCAUCCCUACGCCAUUGCUGUUUUUAAGAAUGAAAUCUACUGGAAUGACUGGUCUCAGCUGAGCAUAUUCAGAGCCUCCAAAUACAGUGGAUCCAGAAUGGAGAUUUUGGUCGGCCACCUCACUGGGGUGAUGGAUAUGAAAAUCUUCUACCGAGGAAAGACAGCAGGGCAGAACGCUUGCAGUGCCAACCCCUGCAGCCUGCUAUGCCUCCCGAAAUCCAACAACACCCGAAGUUGCAAGUGCCCCGAGGGAGUUUCUGGCCACAUCCUCCCAUCAGGGGAGAUGAGUUGUGAUUGUCCAACUGGUUAUCUUUCGAAAAACACCACGUGUGUAAAAGAAGAAAACACCUGUCUCUCCAACCAGUAUCGAUGCUCUAACGGGAAUUGCAUCAACAGCAUUUGGCAAUGUGACAACGACAAUGACUGCGGGGAUAUGAGCGACGAGAAGAACUGCCCGACAACCGUUUGUGAUGUUGACACUCAGUUCCGUUGCCACGGCUCAGGGACUUGUGUCCCGUUGUCCUAUAAGUGUGACCUGGAGGAUGAUUGCGGCGAUAAUAGCGAUGAGAAUCACUGUGAAGCUCACCAGUGCCGGAGCGAUGAGUUCAGCUGCACCUCAGGGAUGUGCAUCCGCCUUUCUUGGAAGUGUGAUGGUGACAACGAUUGCCGGGACUGGUCUGACGAAGCCAACUGCACCACAGUGUACCACACCUGCGAAGCCUCCAGUUUCCAGUGCCACAAUGGCCACUGCAUCCCUCAGAGGUGGGUGUGUGACGGCGACGCUGACUGUCAAGAUGGAUCUGAUGAGGACCCGACCAUCUGUGAGAAAAAGUGCAACGGCUUCCAGUGUCCCAAUGGAAGUUGCAUUCCUUCCAGCAAGCGCUGUAACGGAGCACAGGACUGCGCGGACGGUUCUGACGAGCAACACUGUGAGCCCCUCUGUACUCGUUACAUGGAUUUUGUGUGUAAGAACCGGAAACAGUGCUUGCUGCGUUCCAUGGUGUGUGACGGCACCAGACACUGUCAAGACGGCUCAGAUGAAGACCCAGCAUACGCCGGCUGUACCGAAGAUCCGGAGUUCUACCGCACUUGCGACCUCUUCAGCUUCCAGUGCCAGAACGGCAUGUGCAUCAGCUUGGUGUGGAAAUGCGACGGCAUGGACGACUGCGGGGACGACUCGGAUGAGGCCAACUGUGAAAACCCAACCGAAGCCCCAAACUGCUCCCGGUACUAUCAGUUCCAGUGCGAGAACGGCCACUGCAUCCCAAACAGGUGGAGAUGUGAUGAAGAGAACGACUGUGGAGACUGGUCGGAUGAGAAAGAAUGUGGGGGUUCCGAAAUCAUUCCCAUCACUACAUCAGCCCCUGCCACGUGUUCGCCUAACCACUUCCGGUGUAAUAGUGGGGCUUGCAUCAUGAACAGCUGGGCUUGUGACGGGUACCGGGACUGUGCGGAUGGCUCUGACGAGGAAGCCUGCCCCACGGCUUUGAUUGGUGCAUCUUCUACGUCGUCCAGCUUGGCCGGCCGUUGCAGUCGAUUUGAGUUUGAGUGCCAGGAGAUGAAGAAGUGUGUCCCCAACUGGAAGCGCUGCGACAACUUGAAAGAUUGCCAGGAUGGCACGGAUGAGUUGAAUUGCCCUACACAGAGUACCUUGACAUGCCCCAGUGGGUUUAAAUGUGAAGAUGGGGAGCUGGUUUCCAAGGUGGCGGAGCUGCGUGACUACUUCCUGAUUGCCUGUGAUAGCAGUGAUGAGAGAAAUUAGACUGAUGAUACCUUCCUGUCUAUAAAGUGCAGAACUCUCCAGUGGACAGCCGACUCUCAGGGAUGUUACUCUAACCUGACUCGCCUAAAGAUGCCAGUUGGAUCCUGUGUCUACAAUAUCCACUACAGGGUGGUUGGAGAAAGUGUGUGGAAAUCUCUAGAAACCCAUAGCAACAAAACCAGCAGCGUCUUGAAAGUAUUGAAACCAGAUUGCACAUACCAGGUCAAAGUUCAGGUCCAGUGCCUGACCAAGGGUUACAACAAUAAUCAAUGACAUCAUCACCUUGGCGGGACUUGUGAAGGAUUGCCGGAUCCUCCCCAGCAUCUUCAGUUGUCGUCAAAGAGAGAAGCUGAAGAUGUCGUGAUUUGCCAGUGGGCACCGCCAGCUAAUAGCCAUGGCCUGAUAAGAGAAUAUGUUGUGGAGUACAGCAGAGCCGGUUCCAAGGAGUGGUCGUCUGAGAGAGCCACCAGCAACUAUUCGGAAAUUGAGGGGUUAGAGGUCAACACAUUGUAUACUUUCAGAGUUGCCGCAGUAACUAGCCGGGGAGUGGGGAACUGGAGUGAUUCCAAAUCUAUACAAACCGUAAGAGGCAAAGUGAUUCCACCACCUACGGUCCAUAUUGAGAGUUAUCACGAAGAUUCCAUAACUUUCACCCUAAAAAUGGAAGCUGAUAUUCAGGUGUAUGGCUACGUUGUGAACAUUUUCUGGACGUUCGAUACACACAGACAAGAAAAAAGGAUUUUGUACAUAGAUGGAGGGAAGUCUGUACAAACAGGUAGCACUACCUGCCUGCUCAGAUAUCUGCACGAGAUUUCAGCCUGGGCCAAGACAGAACUGGGUGAUAGUCCUCUGUCUUUUGCGCAUGUGGUGACCAGUGGUACAAGACCACCCCCUCCCAGUUUGAAAGCCAAACCUCUCAAUCAGACUGCUGUUGAGUGCAACUGGACCGGUCCUCGGAACGUUGUUUACGGUGUGUUCUAUGCCACAUCUUUCCUAGAGCUGUAUAGGAACCCCAGCAGUGCGAACACCACUCUACACAAUAUCACUGUCAUCGUCAGCAGAGAUGAGCAAUAUUUAUUUUUGGUACGCGUGGUGUCUCCCUACCAAGGACCGCCUUCUGACUACAUUGUUGUGAAGAUGAUUCCUGACAAUCGUCUCCCUCCGCGACACCUUCACACUGUGCACACGGGGAAAACGUUUGCUGUCAUUAAAUGGGAGUCACCGUAUGACUCUCCUGACCAAGAUUUGCUAUAUGCUGUUUCAGUGAAGGAUUUAGUAAGAAAAACAGAUAGGAACUACAAGGUGAAAACACGGAACAACACAGUGGAAUAUACCAUCAAGAAACUGGAGCCAGGGGGAAAGUACCACAUCAUCGUCCAGCUUGUAAACAUGAGCAAAGAAGCGAGCUUGAAGGUUAGCACAGUUUCCCUGGCUGCCCCAGAAGCCUUAAAGAUUAUACCAGAAAACGACCACAUUUUGCUGUUUUGGAAGAGUUUAGCUUUAAAGGAAAGUCAUUUCAGUGAAAGUCGGGGGUAUGAAAUACACAUGUUUGACAGAAUGAUGAAUGUCACCGCCUACCUGGGGAACACCACAGAGACAGUCUUCAAAGUUUCCAACCUGAAAAUAGGCCACAAUUACUCCUUCACUGUCCAAGCCAGAUGCCUCUACAGUGGACAGAUGUGUGGGGAGCCAGCUACACUACUUUAUGAUGAACUAGGAUUGGACGAAGAUCCUGCUGCUUCCAAAACGGUCAAGUCCACGGAUGUUGCCGCCGUUGUGGUUCCCAUAUUAUUUGUCUUGCUAGUGACUGUGGGCAUCGGGUUUGUCGUUUUGUACAUGAGGCACAGGCGGUUGCAGAACAGCUUCACGGCCUUUGCUAACAGCCAUUACAAUUCCCGGCUGGGGUCAGCCAUAUUCUCAUCAGGUGACGAUUUAGGAGACGAGGAUGACGAAGCGCCCAUGAUCACGGGUUUUUCAGACGAUGUCCCCAUGGUGAUAGCAUGAAGAACGUUCCUGACUCUGGAAACCAAAAUGGUGUAAAUAUUUUAUUUGAUAAAAAUAGUCAACUGUUUAUUUUAAAACAAAAACAAAAAAACAAAAAAAUGCACUUUUGAGUUGCAAUAUGUUAUUUUUGUAUGGGCCGAUAAAAAAAGAAGAAGAAACAAGUUAUUACACUUUGUAGUACACAGCUGUGAACUUUCAAACCAGGUUGAUUUAGUUAACAAUUUUUUUUUCAACUUUAAUUUAGUCUUACAAGGCUGUGCUUGCUGGGCAUGCUUUUAAGUCUGUGAGAUGUCUUCUGUUGACUGUGACUCCGAUCUUCAGAGAACUCGCAAGUGCUUAUGGAACCCCCAUUUGGAUACAUGUUCUAGCUUUGGCCUAACUGGAGAAGAUGAAGAACGCAGGGCUGCCUGUGAAAUUAACAAGCCUUGAUCAGUUGCAUCCUCUUUACCCCCUCCACAACACAUGUUAAUGGAGAGGUAUGGAGUGAUGUUAUCUGUCUAGGCCAGAGGUCUCCAACUCUGGCGCUUCAGAUGUUCAUGGACUACAAUUCCCAUCAGCCCCUGCUGGCAUGCCAGCAGGGGCUGAUGGGAAUUGUAGUCCAUGAACAUCUGAAGUGCCAGAGUUGGACACCCCUGGGCUAGGCAUUCCCACUCUGUUGGAUGAGGAGCAUAACGGGGUAGAGAAAAUUAUACUUGACACAGGGUUGCCAUUUUCUGUGGCAGUCCUUAGCAGUGUCUGUUUCUAUGCAGGGUGAGAGGAAGCCAAGUCGUCCUUUGGUUGCCUUCAUUACGUGAAGAUGUACAGUGGAGGAGGGGCUCAAAAUGGGAGAAGGAGGGGAAAUGCAAGGCCACGGAUUUCCCCAAGGAAGUUCCCCCCAGUGCUGCUGCUAUGACCCUCUCACUACGGGGGCUCUUGCAUGCAGUGGUAUGCAAGGCCUCUAAAAGGACCGGUUCUCUCAAGAUCAGAGUUGAAACUGACUCUUCUUUUUUAAAUUUUUUUCUAAGAGAAAAUUUUAUUUAAAAAUAUUCAGGAAAUGACAGAUAUAUAUGAAGAGAGUGAAUAGUUCCUGAAAGUUUUACAUUGACUUAAAGAAUUCUUUGGACUUUGUUUCCCGUGCGGAUCUCUCUUCCCACCCACCCUUUGUUUUAUUAAUUAAUUUAUUGGGAAGUCUGCUUUGGGUCAGAGUUCCAAAAUUCUCAGUCAUAUAUGCACACUUGUUGUAUGGGAGGUUGUGCCACUUUUAUUUUCUUGCGACAUGGCUGAGUGGAUUUUCCCCCCUUUGUUCUGUGAUCAAAUCAGGUAUUAACAUAAUAAACAAACAAACAGAAACUAAUAACACAAGGUUUUUUUAAAAAAAUUCUUGAACAGUUUUCUGUGUUUGGAGAGAAAAAGAAAAGAUAGACUGGAGUGACUUUAAGGUGAGGACUGGAAUAUUUUUGCCAGAGCUCUUGAGACACAUUCUUGCAGAUAAAAGCAGGCACGCAAAAAGUUCAAAGGCUUUAGUUUAAUCUUCCGAUAGAGAUUUUGGAUCCCAGGGAACAUGAAGCAUCAAUUCAUAGUCACAAGUUCAUUUUGCACAAGCAGUUUUCUCAUUCAUUUAGAUGGAAAGGGCAGCACCAGAGAUUUAUUGUUUCCUGAGUGGCACUGUCUCUUCCAGUUGGAUUAAAAAGAGAGACUGGUUUAAUUGUUUAUUUCAUUUUUUAAAUACCUCUUCUGUUCCAUUAAGAGCUGAAACACUUGAAUAAAGUGGUCUAACCAAGUUGAAUUUGUUGGCUGGCAUGGAACUGGCACAGACUUCAGAUUGAUAGCCGGGCUGCUAACCUCGGUUGAUACUAGCCAUGGUUUGUUGCGAUGUCCGAAUUCAUGAGCCGUAUUGUCCACAAUCCCCAGUUUAUCACAACAUGAAAGCUUCUUCUGUAAUACCUGCCCCCACAUCAAGGCUGCCUGAAAUUCUCCUGCUUGUCGGUGUGACAAAACAGUGGGAUUUUCAGUGCCCAAUAAUAUUCAGAGUCUCCAUGUUGGUGUUGCAUGUCUCUGGCAGCUGCUAACAUCUGACCCAAGUUCCGAUGCUUUCUGUAGCAGCAAGAAAGCCCAGGUUCAAUUCUCAAAUGAUGGAAAAACACAGUAUAAUUGUAAAGAAACCAAAGACAAAGUCCCGUGUUGUGAAGGCUGUUUUAUCCAUUGGUUGAGCAACCAGCAUCAUAUUGAUUGUUUCAAAGGGACCGGAAACUCUUGUAAGGUCGCUGAGAAGCUUAUGUGGUCCAACGUAUGUACUGUACACUGAUGAAGGCUAUCGAAACAGGAUAGGACCGACUCCCUGUUUGUGAAUUGUUUGGAAUUACCUUGGAUAAACUUGAUGAACAGCUUGAAUGGAAUAAAGAACUAUGAUUGCA